AUUAAAUAUGGGCGCUAUCGGCUCCUAAGACGCAAGAAGAACGAGAAGAACUUCCUGUCUCCCCUGCUCUCCAAAAAUGGCGGACACGUGUGGCCAAGUAUUGCUGGGAUCAGGGCUCACCGUCCUCUCCCACCCUCUGAUGUACAUUAAAGUCCUGAUCCAGGUAGGACAUGAGCCGCUCCCUCCCACCCUGGGCAGGAACCUGUUUGGCAGACAAGUCUACCAGCUGCCUGGACUGUUUGCUUAUGCAAAACACAUCGUCAAAAUUGAUGGAAAAGUGGGUCUCUUCAAAGGACUUGUUCCAAGGCUCUGUGCUGGCACCAUCGGCACUGUUGUGCACAGCAAAGUUGUGCAGAAAUGUCAGGAACAAGGCACACCUCAAGCACUGGGCGGCCAGCAGAAGGCUAUGGAGGGCUCCCUACAGCAUGUUGUUAACGAGACAACAAAAGAAAUGAUAGCUCGUUCCUGUGCCACGAUUGUAACACAUCCCUUUCAUGUGAUUACUUUGCGAUGUAUGGUCCAGUUUAUUGGGAGGGAAACAAAAUACAGUGGGGUGUUUGACUCCAUCAUCACAGUCUACAGAGAAGAAGGCAUACUGGGCUUCUUUGCUGGUUUGAUUCCUCGCCUACUGGGUGAUGUGCUGUCCCUGUGGAUUUGUAACCUGCUGGCACACCUCAUCAAUACAUACGCCAUUGAUGACUCGAUGAGUCACACAGGAGAAAUCAAGAACUGCUCUCAGGCUGUGACAGGGUUCUUUGCCAGUAUGCUCACAUACCCUUUUGUUUUGGUGUCAAACCUCAUGGCUGUCAAUAACUGCGGGCUCGCUGGAGGCCUGCCUCCCUAUGCUUCAGUGUAUCCCACCUGGGUGGACUGCUGGAGGCAUCUAAGCAGAGAGGGCAACAUGAGCAGAGGCAACAGUUUAUUUUUCCGGAAGCUUCCAGCAGGAAAGAUGUACGCAAUUGACCAGAAGAGAUUUUUUUAAAGCCUCAAGAGAACUGACUUGAACAUAGUUGUGAUAAUAAAACAUAAAAAAAAACAUUGCCUGAUCUCGGGUUUGGACAGUCGGCACUUAAUUUUUUUUGUAUGUACUUGUUUAUUCUGAGGUAUUUUUCUUUAACAACCUUACAUCAUGUGGGGGGAAAAAAAAGACGAAAAAAAAUUAGUUUCAAGUCAAAUUCCAGCAGGUUUUGUUUUAUUAACAGAAAUUUACAGAUUGAAACUGCUGGUGUGUAAGACAAUGAGAUGGGACAUGAAAGCAUUUCUUUUUAAACCCAAAUGUACAAAAACUGAUGGGAAGAUGGCUCAUGCUGUCAACAACCUGUCUGCAUAAUGUGAUGACAGACCAAUGUGUAAGUGCCCCCCUUCCCCGUGUUUUUUUUAAUAUACAUUAACUAUUAAUAAUGACUCCCCUUCAUCCACGUGAUGGGAUUUGUUUGUUUGAAAACAGCACUUCAGUCUGCAUGUGGUAAUGUCUAAUAAUUCACGUUAAUGAUCAAGUGGGACCUCUUGUCAUGUGGUAUUGUCUUGAUGUGUUAAUUAUUGUUAAGAUCACUGCUGGGCGGGCUUAUAAUGCUAAUCAAAAGGAGGUAAAAGACUCGGAGGGGGUUGUACAGAGGCAUGGAGAAGAGCCUGAGCUGACCAAAAUCUCUCUGGCACUCUGAACAGUCAAGUGCUUGUAUCAACUCAUUCUGAGUGACCCCAAUAAAAACAGAUUUUUAUGACCUUG